AUGUGGUGGUGGCUUCUGGGUGCAUUGAGCUGCGUGCUGCUGGCGGUGGUCGGCAUCUUCUUCCUGACCGGGAAGCGCUACAAGGUGUUCAGCGAGGAGUUCUUGAGGCCACCAGGACCCUUGGUCACCGACAGCAAACAGAGGGACGAAAGGCUGAAGAGAGGUUUUUCUGCAGCUCGUGUUCCCGCUGCUCUGGAUGCGGUGGUGAUUGGCAGUGGUGUGGGAGGUUUGACAGCAGCCGCACUUUUGUCCAAAGCCGGGAAGAGAGUUGUGGUCCUGGAGCAACAUGAUCAGGCUGGAGGCUGCACACACACCUUCCAGAAUAAGGGAUUUGAGUUCGAUGUGGGUAUCCAUUACUUGGGUCAGCUCCACGAGAACAGCAUGCUCAGGGUUGCUCUGGAUCAGAUUACAGAGGGACAGCUGCGGUUCACACGGCUGGAGCAGCACUUUGACACGCUGGUCCUGGGUCAGCCUGACCAGCGCAGGGAGUACCAUAUCCAUGCAGGGAAGACUGAGAUGGCAGCUAGCCUAAAGAAGCAGUUUCCAGGAGAGGAGGAGGCCAUUGAUGAGUUCAUGAGAUUGAUGAAGCUAGCCUCACGGCGGACGCCACUUAUCGCCGUCUUGAAGAUCAUACCGUACGGGGUGGUUAACUUCCUGGUUCGUACUGGCCUGUUAAAUCUCAUAUCUUCAGUGUUCCGCCUGGCAACAACCAACCAUACAGAAAUAAUGUCCCGCCUCACACAGAACAAGGACCUGCAGGCACUGUCAGCCUACCUGUUCUAUGGUGUCCCUCCUAAAGAGUCCAGCUUUCUUAUCAACGCUCUCCUUCUUCACCACUACAAACGUGGUGCGUACUACCCACGAGGGGGCGCCAGUGAGUUUGCCUUUCACAUCAUCCCCGUCAUUCAGCAGGCAGGCGGUACCGUGCUGGUCAGGGCUCCUGUACAACGCAUCCUGCUCAACCAGCAGGGGAAGGCCUAUGGUGUGACAGUGCUUAAAGGCCAAGAAGAGACUGAAGUUCAUGCCCCUGUUGUUAUUUCUAACGCUGGCAUCUUCAACACCUUCCAGAAGUUUCUGCCUCAGCACAUACAGGACAAACCAGAGAUCCAGUCGCUGUUGGGUAUGGUACGUCAUGGUAUGGGUUCCUUCUUGGUGUUUGUUGGUUUGGAUGGAACCAAAGACGAGCUAGGCAUUGUUUCCACCAACUUCUGGAUGUAUAAACACAACGACUUGGACACACUAAUGGAACGAUACUCUUCCCUGAGCAGAGACCAGGUAUUAGGGAACAUUCCCAUGAUGUUCAUCACCUUCCCAUCUGCUAAAGAUCCCACAGCCAACAUCAGACACCCAGGUAAGUCCUGUAUGACAUUGCUAACCAUGGCUCGCUAUGAGUGGUUCGAAGAAUGGGAAGAGACAAAGCUUGGCAAGAGGGGACAGGACUACCUGGAUUUGAAAAACAGCAUGGCCCAAGAGCUGCUGGACUGGGCACUAACCAUCUUCCCACAGUUGCGUGACAAGGUGGUGAUGGUGGACGCUGCCACCCCUCUGACAAAUGUCCACUAUUUGGGUGCUCCAAGAGGCGAGAUGUACGGCGCUGAACACAACGUGGAGCGGUUCAGCCCUGAAACAGUUGCUAGGACACGACCACAGACACCAGUCAACGGACUUUACCUAACAGGUCAGGACGUAUUCUGUAACGGCAUGGCCGGAGCUCUGCACGGUGGACUGCUCUGCGCCUCUGCAGUUCUUAAUCAGAUCCUCUACAUUGACCUUCUAGCCCUGAAGAACCGCCUCAAACACAGACGGACCAAUCAUAAGCUGACGUAG